AUGUCCCACAGGCAGAAGGAUGAGCAAGGCCUUGAGGGCCAGCUGGAGGAGGAGGUUGCUGCAGCUAAGGAAGUGGCCACCCCAGAGGAGGUACCUGCUGCUGGGGAUUCCCAGGAAGCCUGUUCUUCCUCUGCUUCCAUCCAAGCCAAUUCAUCAAGCAAAGCAAGCAAAGGUUCUCGUCAGGGAGGUCAAAGCACCUCAAAGGCCUACAUGGAGUCCAAGAUUUUGUUAAACCGUGCGCUGUGGAAGAAGGUGAAGGAGUUGGUAAAGUUUCUGAGUUUCAAGUACGUGGUAAAGGAGCCUGUCACAGAAGCAGAAAUUCUCCAGAUUGUUGUCAGAGAGUACAAGGACUACUAUCCGAUGGUCUUCACCCGUGCCUGUGAAUGCAUGGAAGUGGUCUUUGGCAUUGAAGUAAAAGAAGUGGAUGCUUUCAAGCACUCCUACGUGCUUCUGAAAAUACUUGACCUCAGCUAUGAUGGGCGGUUGAGCAAUGACGAAGGCAUACCCAAGACAGGCCUGCUGGCGUUCGUCCUUGGUGUGAUCUUCAUGGAGGGCAACCGUGCCCCUGAGAAGAAGAUCUGGGAGGUGCUGAAUAAAGUUGGUGUGCAUCCUGACAAGCCUGAUUUUAUGUGCGAGAAUCCCAGAAAGUUCAUCACUGAAGAACUGGUUUUAGAGAAUUACCUGGUAUACCAGUUGGUACCCCACAGUGAUCCUCCAUGCUAUGAGCUCCUGUGGGGCCCGAGAGCCCAUGCUGAAACAAGCAAGAUGAAAGUCCUGCAGUUUUUCUCCAAGGUUGCUGGGAGUAACCCCACUUCCUUCACAGCUUUGUAUCGGGAAGCUCUGAAAGAUGAAGAGGAGAGAGCACUGGCUAGGCUUGCCUCCAUAGCCAUAGCCAAUCCUACUGCCCCAGAAGAUUCAGGUUCCGGGGACAAGGCCAGCAAUGUCUCCCACCCUGAAUAA